CAGGAAAGCGCAAAUGCCAGGAAGAACUCAAAGAAAAUGCUCUCGAACGAACGACGAAGCGCAUUGCAUCUAUGGGAUCUGCAUCUGGUUUUGCUGAGCCAGAACAUUGGAUUCCGAAGUUGAACAGGCCUGAUCCACCACUAUUGAACUGCCGACCUCCACAGAAUUUCGAUGUACCAGUUGUCUUGUAUCAUUCAGUUUUUGGGGAAUUUCUUAAAAAUUGCGAGUAUUACCAAACAUCAGCAGACGACAAGAACAUGGUUUGUGACCUGCUAUGGACUAUGAGUGGCACCUUUAAAAACAAAGACGCUCGAGUACUUGCUUUCAGAGAGUGGGCGACAACGUUUUUUGUCCGUGACACGACAUCGUAUGUCUUAGGGCAACAGAGAGUCGAUGGCGUCUGGAUCAAAGAAUACAGUGGACGAAGUGUGUUGUUAACCAUUUUGGAAUUCAAGAACGAGUGCUCACAGCGCGAUCCAUACAUGCAAGCAAGCGCGUACUAUGCAAAGUACUUUGAACAAGUAUAUGCACAAAAGACAUCCAUCCUUUUGGAUACGUGUCUGCCAACUUUCCUCGUUUACCUCUACGAACCUUACAUUGGAAUCGCUGAAAUCCUGGCUAAACAAAAUGACGCGGAUUUUCUGUGCUUUACGGUUACGACAUUAUCACAGAAUGCUUGGACGGGUAUUGAAACAAGACAGGCAAGCUUUCCUUACUUGCAUUCCUAUCAAUCGAUAUCUGAAGAAACUGUCGACUUUGUGUAUACGGAGCGCAUUGACAGCAAACACCGAAAACUUGUUUUUCACGUGGAGGAAUCAAAGACCACAACAAAGCGCAUAUUGAAGUUUGUUACUUCAUAUAACGCGGAGGUACAUAAAUUCUGCUUCAGCAAAGGGAUCGCACCAGAACUGGUGUGCAUUGGCGAUAUCAUGAACGCGGACUACAAAUUUGUUGUCAUGGAGGAUCUUAUUGGGUUUGAUGUUGUAUGCAACAUGUGGAAUGGAUUAAAUGAGCAAGAGAAAACAGACCUGAAGGCGAAGAUUUUAGAAGCGAAAGGAAUUCUUCAUGACAAUCGUCUUGUGCAUGGCGAUCUUCGUCCCGUCAAUAUCAUGGCAAAGUACACAAAUGAAGAAUGGGUCAUAAAGCUUGUAGAUUUCGACUGGUCAGGCAAGGAAGGUGAGGCGACAUACCCCCAGUUUCUGAACACCAAAAUUCCUUGGCAUCCAGAUGUGAAAAGGCUUGGACCUAUCUGGUGCGAACAUGAUACAUACCUACUAGAAGAGAGCUUUCGCAAACUAGAAUAA